GGCUGCUUCACACCGUUUUAUUCAGUUCCUUUGCGGUCCUCUUCUUCAGCACAGACCAAAGCAGUUCCUCACAACCUGUGGUACCAGAGCAUCUUGGCUGUGUGACAAUGGAAGAAUUGGAUGCUUUGUUGGAAGAAUUGGAGCGCUCCACCCUCCAGGACAGCGGUGAAUACUCCAGCUCGGCUCCUCUUCCCGUGGAUCAGCACUCCAAAAAUGAGAGUGACGGUGCUGAGACCCCAGCCAUUCCUUCUGUUCGGGAUGACACAAACCCCUUUCCGAUGCAGCUCGUGUACACUACUGAUAUCAAGGGGACCCAUGUCUACAGUGACAUCCCAGAGCCAAAGGACUCAUCACCACCUUCCAAAACCUCAGCAGCAACUCAGUUGGAUGAGCUCAUGGCCCACCUGUGUAAAAUGCAGGCCAAGGUGGCAGUGAAAACAGAUGUCAGCAAGAAGUACGUACCAGACAAGCAGGAUCACAAGGCCUCCCUGGACUCCAUGCUGGGGGGUUUGGAGCAGGAGCUGCAGGACCUUGGCAUUGCCACAGUGCCCAAGGGUCAUUGUGCUUCCUGCCAAAAACCUAUUGCUGGAAAGGUGAUCCAUGCUCUAGGGAAAGCAUGGCAUCCAGAGCACUUCAUCUGCAGUCACUGCAAAGAAGAGAUCGGCUCCAGUCCCUUCUUUGAGCGCAGUGGCUUGGCCUACUGCCCCAAGGACUACCACCAUCUGUUUUCCCCACGCUGUGCUUACUGUGCUGCUCCCAUCCUGGACAGAGUGCUGACGGCAAUGAACCAGACCUGGCACCCGGAGCACUUCUUCUGCUCUCACUGUGGAGAGGUGUUCGGGACAGAAGGCUUUCACGAGAAGGACAAGAAGCCAUACUGCCGAAAGGAUUACUUAGCCAUGUUCUCACCCAAGUGUGGGGGCUGCAACCGCCCGGUGUUGGAAAACUACCUUUCAGCCAUGGACACUGUCUGGCAUCCAGAGUGCUUUGUUUGUGGGGACUGCUUCAGCAGUUUCUCCACUGGCUCUUUCUUUGAACUGGAUGGACGUCCAUUCUGUGAGCUCCACUACCAUCACCGCCGAGGAACCCUCUGCUAUGGGUGUGGCCAGCCCAUCACUGGCCGCUGCAUCAGCGCCAUGGGCCACAAGUUCCAUCCUGAGCACUUCGUUUGCGCUUUCUGCAUGACACAGUUGUCAAAGGGAAUCUUCAGGGAACAGAAUGACAAGACCUACUGUCAACCCUGCUUCAAUAAGCUCUUCCAACUGUAAUCCCAGCUGAACCCACAGCCCCUUCAGAUCCCCUAUAAAAUGUAACCAAGAGAGGAAAGAGUACAUUUGUUGUUACUGACCUUCUGCUCAGUAGGCUUACAGAGAAAGUAAAGGUGAUGCAAAAAGAAGGGGAGGUCUAGACGUUACAUGACUAGGCUUAUAGCCUUACGUUUCAGACUUCUAGUCUUACUUUUUUAAAUUGGGUACUUGGAUUUAGAUCUGGGUCCUGCUACCUAGUGCCUCUGCAGAUAUAUUUUUCCACAUGCACACAUUCAUUUUAUAACUGGUUUUCUCACAUUUCUCCAUGUACACCCUCUGAUGCCCUGUUCACAUCUUCUCUCUUUUUCAAGCUUCUCAUAUUUCCCCGUGACUCAGUUUCCCACAAUCAUAGCUGUGGUCUUCAUCCUUGCUGUCAGGAAUCAUGGUACUACUCUUUAGCUCCUUUUAUCUCCCUUCAAUAUAUUUCACUUUUUCAAGAGGAAGUAGAUCUUAACUGGACCACUUUGAGUGCUGACAUAAUUGAUAAGUAAAAUGGCUUGCCUGUGUGUAGUUUUUAAAUGCUUUUUAUUAUGAAGGAAUUAAGAAGUACAAAUUGGUUGUUAGACUGAUGACCCUCAAAGGGAAGGGGGGAGUGAGUG